CUUGUAACUUGUAACCUUCAAAAGUGAAUGGAAAGCUCCAUCUCAUUCAUGAAUUUAAUUAUCUAUUCCAAUCUCAUCCACCUUCUUCACUCUUCUCCGCCACCCCGGUUCUUCAUUCCCUUUUUAUUACUAUGAAAUCGCACCUUGUUCUCUGAUUCCAAGUUUUGAAGAGUCAGAUAUAAGUUCGAUUUCAUGAACUUUCCCCCCCUCAUCUCUAUCCCGUUAUAACAUCCCACUACAAAUACCUGCACGAUCACGAAAUUUCCAUCACCAUGUUGUUACGACUACGAGGCCCGGACGGCAUGAUCCGGAUCAACAUCGAGAAGGACGACACUUUCGCUGACCUUGGUCGUCUGCUCGUGGCGCAAUUGCCACCGACCGUUGACCCGAGCAGUAUUUCCAUGUCCCCGGACCCCCAAGCCAAAGACUCGAAGAAGUUGAAGGAUAUUGCCAGAUACAAGUUGGCGCAGAUUGGAUUGAACCAUGGAGACUUGAUUUUCAUUAACUACCAACACCAGAACUCCGCCAACGGUCACGCGAAUGGCGCACCCACAGCAUCUACCACCACAUCGUCGACGAACAGACUGAAUGGGAAACCUAUCCUACCUACGGAGGAUCUACCGGUCGACCCGCCUCCGCUAGCAUCACCUACGAAAGUCAUCAAGAAUCCUUGGGAAGUAGUGAAGCAGUCAGCAUUGGAUGAUCGAUUGGAUAAGCAGGAUGGCAAGAUCCCUCGAGGCCGAGACCGGAUGUGCAAGCACGGGCCUAAAGGCAUGUGCGACUAUUGCAUGCCUCUCGACCCCUUCAAUCUUCAAUACCUCGCCGAUAAGAAGAUCAAGUACCUAUCCUUCCACUCCUACCUCAGAAAGAUCAACUCGGCCACGAAUAAGCCCGAACUUGGCAGUUCAUUCAUUCCACCCCUUAAGGAACCGUACUUCCGAGUUAAAAGGGACUGUCCUUCGGGUCACCCCCAAUGGCCCGAGGGCAUCUGCACCAAGUGCCAGCCCAGCGCUAUUACCCUCCAACCACAGCCUUUCCGCAUGGUCGACCACGUCGAGUUCGCUUCAUUCGAACUUGUUAACUCCUUCAUCGACGCCUGGCGAAGAACCGGCGCACAACGGAUUGGAUACCUCUACGGUCGUUAUGCGGAAUAUACCGAAGUACCACUCGGCGUUAAGGCGAUAGUAGAGGCCAUACAUGAAGUGCCUCAAGUAGACGAAGUUGAUGGAGUAUCGCUAAAUCCCUGGGACAACGAGACCGACAUCAACGAUGUUGCCAGGUUAUGUGGACUUGAACAAGUUGGCGUAAUAUUCACUGACUUGCUGGAUGCGGGAACCGGCGACGGGAAAGUUAUCUGCAAGCGACAUGCCGACUCAUAUUUCCUCAGUUCCCUGGAGAUUUGCUUCGCGGCGCGUUUGCAGGCUCAGCAUCCUAAAGCUACCAAGUGGAGCGAUACAGGAAGAUUCGGCUCAAACUUCGUCACGUGUAUCAUCUCAGGCGACGAAACAGGCCAGAUCGCUAUCUCAUCUUACCAGGUGUCUAACGAUAGUGUGGAAAUGGUACGAGCAGAUCUCAUCGAGCCGUCAGCUGACCCUAAUGUCAUGCUUGUGCGGGAAGAGGAGGAAGAUGACGGUUCUACGAGCCGGACGCGAUACAUUCCCGAGGUAUUCUACCGAAAGAUUAACGAGUAUGGUGCCAACGUACAGGAGAAUGCAAAGCCGUCAUUCCCAGUCGAAUAUCUCUUCGUAACAUUAACACACGGUUUCCCGGCGCAACCGAAGCCCUUGUUCAAAACAACCAACUUCCCGAUCGAGAACCGCGAGAUAAUGGGAGAGACCCAACAAUUCAAGUCAGUUGCCAAGGCUCUCGAUACUAGCGGUGGCAAAGAGCUCGGAUCCCUCUCAGACUUCCACCUGCUUAAUUUCAUACAUGGGAUGGGCGUGCUAUCUAAGGAAGAAGAAGCACUCAUGUGCCGGGCGGCGACGACUCAUGAUCUCGCCGACAUAUACCAAUUGUUUUCAAUGCCCGGCUUUCUUUCGCUAAAAGCUAUUUUAGCAGAAACUGGUGAGACAACCCCCAAAAGAAAGCGGCCUCGAACAAGUGGCGAGGGGGGCGCGACGCCCUCUUCGUACUCAUCCGUCGCCGCUUCCGCCAAUAGAUCCGGUGAACCGCUUACUAAGCGUCUUGCUGCCGUUAGGCUGAACGAGCGAAACGAGUCCACGCCAAUAUUCGACCGUGCUAAGCACGAGGACAUGUGAUGCCGUAUGAAGGGAGAGGUUGGAAACAAGUUUGUACCCCCCGUACCUACCUGCUUAUAGACAGGUUUACUCGGAGGGAAAGAAGCCAAAGGCCUAAUGCGCUGCGAAUAUGCGGACUGGGAGAAGGAAAUCCGGGUGCCGUUAAUCAGCCGUGGCUACUGCAGUAAAAUAGCUCUCAGGCAGUUAGGCCUGUCCUGGACAGCCGCAGCUUUCUUGUUCUUUCGCUAGCAUAAAGGGGAAAGAGGUGCGCGUGUUGUCGUACAUAACGGAAUCUCAAUAUGAAAUUGAGAUGCUGCUUCCCUCAUCGUAAUGGAAACCUUGCCGCCAUAGAUGAGAAAGUGAACUGGAAUCAUAAUGGCUUUCAUGUGUAGGAUGCUCGAACCGUGUAGUCCGUACUUUUAAUCUCAUCUAGUAGCCUUGAUUUGUUUUCUGGUUUGCUCUUGGCUACGGGGUAGAUGCCUAAUCAAUGAACAUGGGCACUCCUCUAUUAUACGUGAACAUGAAAGGUUCAUGACGUUGUAAACAUGAAUAGGAGCCAGGUCUUAUCAACCCGAGGGCAAAGCUACGAAUCGACCUCCAGAGAGAGGACGCGCGCUAAGAAAAGAGGGGAGGGUGAUUGCCGAGAUACCAAGAUUUACGAC